AUGCCUCCGCGAAGAGCAGUCAAAGGUCAUCCAACUAGGAGAAAUAUUGAGGAGGAUGAGUUACCUAAUGCACCUGAAGUACAACCUCAAGGGGAAGUUAACCAUGCUGAAUUCCGUGAGACUAUCGGGAUGUUAAGCCAAGUUGCGACUCAAGUUGGACAAAGAAGAAAUCGACAGGAAGUGGCUGAUACUUCAAGAAUCCUUGAGUUUUUAGGGAUGAAUCCACCAAGCUUCACAAGUUCAAGUGUCACAGAAGAUCUAGAGAACUUUGUUGAAGUACUUCAAAAAAAUUUCGAGAUAUUGCCUAUUGUUGAUGCUGAGAGGGUGGAACUAGCUGCAUACCAACUGAAGGGUAUCGCUAGAGUCUGGUUCGACCAAUGGAAAAAGAAUAGGGCUGAUGAUACGCCAAUAAUGAGUUGGGUCGUGUUUGAGAGUGCUCUCAUGGGAUAUUUCUUUCCCCGUAUUUGUCAUGAGGGCUCUACUGGUUGUUUUAAGUGUGGUCAGAAUGGUCAUUUUAUGAGGGAGUGUCCCAAGAACAUGCAAGGUAAUGGUAAUAGAGGUAAUAGGGCCCCGCUUUCUUCAGUUUCUCCACUAGACAAAGUUGCACCUCGAGGAGCUACUUUAGGUACUGGCGGGGAAACAAACUGCUUGUAUGCUAUCAAUUGUCGCCAAAAGCAAGAGAAUUUUCCAGAUGUGGUCACUGCUCGUGCUUACACCUUGGACAUGGCUAGCACUCGAGAAUCAUUCAUGGUCCCCAAUAGAUCCAUUGGCCUAGCUGACUACUUAGUAGAAGACUAA